AUGCAAAGGAUUCAAAAUGUCCUGCUGAUUUGGUUAGAUGCCAGCUUUGAUGACAAUAAUGAAGAUUGUCAAAACACAAUGAGACAUCUUCGACGUGCUGUUAAUGAUUUAAACACCUAUACAGAUGGUGAAGAAUGCAUUCAAUUCAUCAAAACAAUCAAGGAUCGCAAGGCAUGCAUGAUCAUUUCUGGUUCACUUGGACGGCAUAUUCUACCUCGAGUGCAUCAUCUCUCUGAAGUAGAUUCGAUUUUUAUCUUCUGUGGUAACAAACAACGACACGAGCGAUGGGCAAAAGAUUGGCUAAAGAUCAAGGGAGUUUUUACAGAGAUCAAAUCCAUCUGUGAAUCUCUCAAACAGGCAGCCCAACAAUGUGAACAAAAUGCUAUUUCCAUGAGCUUCGUAGCAUCCGGAAAAAAAUUGGACCAACUAAAUCCGUCUUUUAUGUACACUCAGAUUUUCAAAGAAAUAUUAUCAACCAUCCAAUUCGAAGAUGCACAUAUCCAAGAUUAUGUCAACUAUUGUCGAAAAGAAUUCGCCGACAACGAUCAAGAACUGAAAAAUGUGAAACGACUAGAGAGUAAAUAUCAUCAGAAAUCGCCUAUUUGGUGGUAUACUUUUGACUGUUUCUUGUAUAAAAUGCUCAAUCGUGGGAUCAGACUGAUGGAUGGCGACGUUAUCGUAAGAAUGGGAUUUUUCAUUAAUGAUCUACAUCAACAUAUUGCAUCUGUGCACAAAGAACAACAGAUCAGUGACAUCUUCACAACGUAUCGUGGACAAGGAUUAUCAGAAGGCGACUUUGAAGAAAUGAAGCAAACAAAAGGUGGACUCAUGUCAUUUAACAACUUCUUAUCCACAAGCAAAGAUAGGAAUGUAUCAUUUCAGUUUGCAAAUCCAAGUAGUAGGAAUCCAGAUUUGGUAGCAGUUUUAUUUGUGAUGACAAUCGAUCCAAAACAAUCAACAACAGCAUUUGCUUGGACUCGUGAUCUUAGUGCUAUUCCAGAUGAAGAUGAAGUGCUCUUUUCAAUGCACAGUGUGUUUCGAAUCCAAGAUAUUCAACAAAUCGGUGAAGAUAGCAAACUAUUCCAAGUGAGUUUGACCUUAACGAGUGACGAUGACAAAGAAUUACAUGCACUGACGGAACAAAUACGAGAGGAAAGUUGUCCAGCAGAACAGGGAUGGCAGAGACUGGGAUUCAUACUAUUUAAAUUGGGUCAAUAUCAAAAGGUUGCAGAGAUCUAUGAGACGUUACUCAAUCAAGCAACAACGAAUAGCAAGAAGGCACUAAUUUACCAUAGACUUGCUUUGAUCAAGCAUCGUCAAGGAGAAUAUGAGGAGGCAAUAAGGUUAUACGAAAAUUCAAUUGCCAUUUACGAAAAAAUUCAUUCUCCUCAAGAUCCUACGUUAGCUCAAUCUUACCACAACAUCGGUUCAGUGUAUUUGAGCAUGGGUGACCAUCCAAAAACUCUUUCAUAUUAUGAAAAGAGCCUUGCAAUUCAUCAACAAUCACUUUCUCCAAAUCAUCCUGAUUUGGCUAUAUCUUACAGUGCCAUGGGUGAGAUACAUAGGAAAAUGGGUGACUAUCACAAAGCACUAUCAUAUUGCAAAAAAAGCCUUGCAAUUCAACAACAAUCACUUUCUUCAAAUCAUCCUAAUUUAGCUUCAUCGUACGAGAGCAUCGGUCUGGUGUAUUCCGACAUGGGUGACUACUCAAAAGCACUUCCAUUUUAUGAAAAAGGGCUUGCGAUUCUACAACGAUCACUUCCUACAAAUCAUCUUGAUCUGAGCAUGCCUUACAACAGCAUCGGUCUGGUGUAUUGCGACAUGGGUGAUUAUCACAAAGCUCUUUCAUAUUAUGACAAAAGCCUUGAAAUUCAACAACAAUCACUUUCUUCAAAUCAUCCUGAUUUGGCUAUACCUUACAACAACAUCGGUAAUGUGUAUUGCAUCAUGGGUGAUUAUCACAAAGCUCUUUCAUAUUAUGACAAAAGCCUUGAAAUUCGACAACAAUCACUUUCUCCAAAUCAUCCUGAUUUAGCUUCAUCUUACAACAACAUUGGUGUGGUUUAUUCCGACAUGGGUGACUAUCCAAAAGCACUAUCAUAUUGCGAAAAAAGCCUUGCAAUUCGACAACAAUCAGUUUCUCCAAAUCAUCCUGAUUUAGCUUCAUCUUACUACAGCAUCGGUGAUGUGUGUUUCGCCAUGGGUGACUAUCCAAAAGCUCUUUCAUAUUAUGAAAAGAGCCUUGCAAUUCGACAACAAUCGCUUUCUCGAAAUCAUCCUUCAUUAGCUUCAUCUUACUGCAGCAUCGGUUGGGUGUAUUGCAACAUGGGUGACUAUCCAAAAGCACUAUCAUAUAACGAAAAAGCGCUUACAAUUCGACAACAAUCACUUUCUCCAAACCAUCCUGAUUUAGCUCCAUCUUAUAACAGCAUUGGUUGGGUGUAUUCCAAAAUGGGUGACUAUCCAAAAGCAUUAUCAUACUGCGAAAAAGCUCUUACAAUUCGACAACAAUCACUUUCUCCAAGUCAUCCUGCUUUGGCUAUGUGUUACAACAACAUCGGUUGGGUGUAUAGGAGCACGGGAGAGUAUCUAAAAGCUCUUUCAUAUUAUGAAAAAGCCCUUACAAUUCAACAACAAUCACUUCCUAUAAAUCAUCCUGCUCUGGCUAUGUGUUACAACAACAUCGGUGAGAUUUAUCGAAACAUAGGUAACUUUUUAAACGCAAUAUCAUUUCUUGAAAAAGCCAUUGCAAUUCAGCACCAAUCACUUCCUCCGAAUCACCCUCAUAUAGCUGAAUCUUACAACAAUAUCGGUCUGGUGUAUAAGAACAUGGGUAACUAUUCAAAAGCAGUUUCAUAUUUUGAACAGGCAGUACAAAUCGCGCAACAAUCAUUACCUCCAGGACACGAUGAUCUUCAAAUGUAUAAAGAAAACUUUGAUCGCAUAAAAAACAAGUUUUAA